AUGCGUCGAAGGCAGAUGUUGCCUGCCAACGCCCACCUCCUAUCGUCCUACUCUGUCCCUCUCUCUUGUUUUCUCCAUCGUCUUGAAUUCCUUCAGCCUCCCCUUCCAUCACCCCCAUUAAGAGAUUUUUCGCACCCACCCACCCCUUUCUGCUUUUUACUUUUUCUUCUUGACAUUUGUUGUUGUUGUUGUUCUAACUUUUAUCCCUACCAAUAUUUCUUCUUCUUCUUCUUCUUCUUCUUCUUCUUCUUCUUCUUCUUCUUCUUCUUCUUCUUCUUCUUCCAAUUUAUAUUUCUUCUUCUUCUUCUUCAUCUUCUUCUUCUUCUUCUUCUUCUUCAUCUUCUUCUUCUUCUUCUUCUUCUUCUUCAAAUAUCUUCUUUUUCUGUUUCUUCUUCCAUUUUAUAUUUCUCUUCUUCUUCAAAUCUGUUAUUUUCUUCUUAUUAUGAUUCUUCUUUUUCUUCUUCUUUUUCUUCUCCUUCUCCUACCAAUCUAUAUUUUUUCUUCUUCUUCAAAUCUCUUCUUCUUCUUCUUCUUCCUCUUCUUCUAUUCUAUAUUUUCUUCUUCUUCUUCUUCUUCUUCUUCUUCUUCUUCUUCUUCUUCUUCUUCUCCUUCAAAUCUAUUCUUCUUCUUCUACUCUAUAUUUCUUCUUCUUCCUCAAAUCUGUUUUUCUUCUUCUUCUUCUUCUUCUUCUUCUUCUUUACCAAAAUAUAUUUCCUUUUUUUCUGCCCCUUUUCCUCAUACCCUAAUUUUUCUCGUUUCUUUUAUUAUAUCUUUUUUCUUUCCCCUCCCUUUCUAUCAGGCUUCCUCUCGCCUCCCCCCACUCUCACUAUGUGCCCUUUCUCACGCCUCGAAGACAUUCCUUAUCACCCACCGUUCCAUUCUGUCCUUCCCCUCCUUCUUUUCCUCUUUUUCCACCCGCUUCUCAAACCUAACCUCCUACUUCUCCUCGUCUCUCUCCCCUUCAUCUUUGUUAACCAAUCUUCUCACCUGCUGUCUUUCACCUUCCAUACGUUCGUUCCGUCAAUUUUGCAAAGCAACGCCUUCCGACACUCACAGGUUCCUAAUUUUUUUUUUACACCUGCUCCUCCUUCUCCCCCUCCUCCUUCUCCUCCCCCCCUUGUUUUUCAAGCUCUCCGUCCAUCUAUUUACCGUCCCAUCUUUUUCGUAUUGUCUUUUUCCGCUGCGUCUUCGCAGUCACAGGCCGCUCCCCACCUGUCACGUGCUACGUUUUUCAACCAAUCAGUUACGAUCCUUUUUAAACAGAGUAGUCAGCCACACACCUUGCCGCUAAAACUUCCGCCCACUCCUCUGAUGUCGAGGCAUCUUCAUUCCCAGUGUAGGUACGCAGCAUCUGUUGGCGUUGUCUGCCUGUCUGUUUGCUAG